AUGUUUCCUGGCGUUCCCCUGCAACAGCUUGGACAAACUGUGGUGUGCGACACUUCUGUUGGGCUUGUGUGCAAAAACCAAGACCAGAAGCCAGGGGGAGCCACCCCCAUGCCUUACUGCCUCAACUAUGAGAUCAAUGUCUACUGCUGUGUUCCUCGCCCUGGCUGCACCACAACACAUCCCAGCACCACCUCGGGGACACGAACUCCAACACCCACCGCCACCUCAACAGAGCCUCCAACUUCGACCUCCACCACCACGGAGACCACAACCCCCAGCACGACAACCACCUCGGAGACCAUAACCCCCAGCACCACCACCACCACGGGGACCACAACCCCCAGCACCACCACCACAACGGAGACAACAACCCCCAGCACGACAACCACCUCGGAGACCACAACCCCCAGCACGAUCACCACCACGGAGACCAUAACCCCUCCAUGUGUGCCUGUCUGCAAUUGGACCGGCUGGUUGGAUUCUGCUAAACCGAACUUUACCAAAGAAGGUGGAGACGUUGAAUCCGUUGAGAAUGUUUGUAAAAUGGGCUCAGUAGCCAGCAUCUCCUGUAGAGCCGCCAUGUUUCCCGGCGUUCCCCUGCAACAGCUUGGACAAACUGUGGUGUGCGACACUUCUGUUGGGCUUGUGUGCAAAAACCAAGACCAGAAGCCAGGGGGAGCCACCCCCAUGCCUUACUGCCUCAACUAUGAGAUCAAUGUCUACUGCUGUGUUCCUCGCCCUGGCUGCACCACAACACAUCCCAGCACCACCUCGGGGACAGGAAGUCCAACACCCACCACCACCUCAACAGAGCCUCCAACUUCGACCUCCACCACCACGGAGACCUCAACCCCCAGCACGACCACCACCACGGAGACCACAACCCCCAGCACGACAACCACCUCGGAGACCACAACCCCCAGCACGAUCACCACCACGGAGACCACAACCCCCAGCACCACCACCACCACGGGGACCACAACCCCCAGCACCACCACCACCACGGAGACAACAACCCCCAGCACGACAACCACCUCGGAGACCACAACCCCCAGCACGACCACCAGCACGGAGACCACAACCCCUCCAUGUGUGCCUGUCUGCAAUUGGACCGGCUGGCUGGAUUCUGCUAAACCGAACUUUACCAAAGAAGGUGGAGACGUUGAAUCCGUUGAGAAUGUUUGUAAAAUGGGCUCAGUAGCCAGCAUCUCCUGCAGAGCCGCCAUGUUUCCCGGCGUUCCCCUGCAACAGCUUGGACAAACUGUGGUGUGCGACACUUCUGUUGGGCUUGUGUGCAAAAACCAAGACCAGAAGACAGUGGGAGCCACCCCCAUGCCUUACUGCCUCAACUAUGAGAUCAAUGUCUACUGCUGUGUUCCUCGCCCUGGCUGCACCACAACACAUCCCAGCACCACCUCGGGGACAGGAAGUCCAACACCCACCGCCACCUCAACAGAGCCACCAACUUCGACCUCCACCACCACGGAGACCUCAACCCCCAGCACGACCACCACCACGGAGACCACAACCCCCAGCACGACAACCACCUCGGAAACCACAACCCCCAGCACGAUCACCACCACGGAGACCACCACCCCCAGCACCACCUCCACCACGGGGACCACAACCCCCAGCACCACCACCACAACGGAGACAACAACCCCCAGCACGACAACCACCUCGGAGACCACAACCCCCAGCACGAUCACCACCACGGAGACCAUAACCCCUCCAUGUGUGCCUGUCUGCAAUUGGACCGGCUGGUUGGAUUCUGCUAAACCGAACUUUACCAAAGAAGCUUGGACAAACUGUGGUGUGCGACACUUCUGUUGGGCUUGUGUGCAAAAACCAAGACCAGAAGACAGUGGGAGCCACCCCCAUGCCUUACUGCCUCAACUAUGA